UCACUAUGAUGCUCGACUCCUAGCGAGAAGCUCCUCCGCGUCCGACAUCCGCUGUAAGGAGAAAACUCAAUGAAAUUCAAGAACAAUUCUUGACCAGAAUUAACGUUUGUGCAGCCAGCGUGAAGUGAACCUGAAGACAUCGCCUCAGUGCAUUCAUCAAGACUUUAUUUUGGGGGGCACUUUAAAUAUAAAAGUUUUUUCCUAAGGCUCCCCCCUCCCCAUUUUUCUUUACAGAAGACAUCGAAAUAUUCUCUCAUCUUCUUCAUAAUUUAAAAAAAGGCAUAAAAAAAGUCUGAACAAUUAUUUCACACAGUAUUUGACUUUCCUGGACUGCUGCAGACUUUAUUCCUGGACUGAAAUCUCGCAGUAAAUCGCCUGGACCGCUCGUAUAUGUGAUUGGUUUAACAAGUACCUUUAUUCUUCAGUGAGAGAUCAUGGAGCGCGACUCUACCGCGGGAGGGGCGGAGGACCUGCUCCUGGAAGACACAGUUUCAAAACUGCGUGCAGGAUCACUUCACAAACACGAACUAGCUGAGGCCAUGGAAGUGGAACAAGAAGGACUGGUAGAACAUCAGCCUCUGGAGCAGGAUGACCUUAACUUUGAGAAAUGGAAGCCCAAGCCAAAGCCCAAGAGGACGCUGCAUGAGAAAAUCGACGACUUAAAGACUUACCUGUGGAACGCAGAGACUAAGGAGUUUAUGGGCCGCUCGGGGAAGAGCUGGAGCCUUAUUCUGCUCUUCUACUCAGCAUUAUACAUUUUCCUUGCGGCUAUGUUUGCUGGUUGUAUGUGCUGCCUGAUGUGGUCAAUUAGUCCAUAUGCUCCCACCUACAAUGACAGAGUGAUGCCACCAGGUAUGACAAUGUUUCCUCAUGUAGAUGUAGCUCAUGGGUUUGACGUUGCUUUCAACGCCUCUGACCGAAGCUCGUGGAGGAAGUAUGCGAAAGCACUGGAAGCCCAUCUGAAAUCCUAUGACGACGGAGUGCAGGAUAGGCGGAACAUUAACUGCGAAGGAAAUACAUAUUUCAUGCAAGAUGACUUAGAGGAGAGUGCCGAGCGCAAGGCAUGUCAGUUUAAGAGGUCCUGGCUGGGUGAAUGCUCCGGCAUGAAGGACAAAGAUUUUGGCUACUCAAAGGGAAAACCCUGCAUCCUCGUCAAAAUGAAUCGGAUUCUCGGGUAUCUGCCUGGUCAAGGCACUCCAAUACAUGUUACAUGUGGAGUUAAGAAAGGGUCAACUGAAGGCCUCGAAGAAGUCCAGUUUUUUCCAGAAAAUAUCUUCAACUUGCGGUACUAUCCCUAUUAUGGGAAACUGAGACAUGUAAACUACUCUUCCCCGCUGGUGGCUGUGCACUUUCCCAGUGUCCCGUAUGACACCCAGCUACACAUUCAAUGCAAACUAAACGGCAAGGGCAUCAUCAACGAUUCACCCACCGACCGUUUCCUGGGUAGCGUGUCUUUCACUUUACAAGUGGGCGCGUAGGGUGGCAGUAGACCUAGAGAAAUUGAAAUUAAAAUUCUCAGAGUAUGUUAUAAUAAAUGAAAUAGCACACUGGGUGUUGUCUUUACCCAUUAGCCCUCUGAUUAUGCCUCCGGCAGCCACUGUGCUAUUCGCGUCAGAGCUGUGUUACUACACUACUUUUUCAAACAAGGAAUUUCCCAGUAAGCAAAGACUGAGAUUCAUAGAUCACAUUUAUAGAUCAGCGGAUAGAGACCGACACCUGCCUGGAUUUCAUUAUAGGAUAAAAUGAAAUAGGAAAAGAUGUCCAAAUACAGUAUGUAGGUCGCAAUUAUAGCUAUUGAGGCAUAAUCACUCAAACGUACGGUCUACAGUGAGAUGUAGGCAAAACAAUUCUCUAGAUCCGUGUAGAUUGUAGAAUUAACAUUUAUUAAACCUUUUUGAUCAGUUUGCUAAGUCAGAUAUUUUUUUAAUGAUUUCUCUCUGUUAAGUCAGUCUCCUUUAAAUUCCCCCUCUGGAUGAAGAAAAAGGCAGAAAACUGCUUAACAUUAUCCUUUUGCUUGCUCAUUUAAUUAAAUAACAAUCAGAUGUGGUUUAGAAUUAAUAAUCGAUUGUACAUUUUUGAACUAAAUUUUUCUUUCCUUUUGGAUGUGCAACUAAAUUUUUAAUUCAGAGGCAAAUGUAUUUUACUGAAAUGCGGGACAGAAAUCCCAUUUCAUCAUUUUCACAAAGCUUCAUAAUGAAAUACGAGUUGAUCUUUCUUUUGUCAAUCAUGCAACCAACACUUCUUAAAAACUAAAUAGAGAGUCACAGAAUUCAUCUGAGUGAAACUAUCUGCUCAAUUGCCUGCAAGGAGGAUUUCAACAGUAUUAUUUAUUAAUUGUAUAUGAAUAUAUUGACAUGGUACAAACAGUUACAAAGUGUAAUAGUGAGAUGGAAAUUGGUAACUGCACAUCUUUGUUAUUCAGUAAAUGCAUCGAAAUAUCCACUGGCUGACAAAGAUUUGCCAGCUCAUGUUUUUCAACGCACUCAUGUUUUAGCAUAAACAAUAAAGAUGAAUGAGAAUUAACGGAAUCAAACCUUUCUGCUCACUUUCCCAUUCUCUUGAAAAGCAACAAAUCAGUUGUGAUAUGCAUGAGAUUGUCUACAAUGAUAAACUGCUUGAGAUGGUCACUUAGAAUAAAUGACAAAAUGUAACUUCAACCUUUUGAACGAAAAACCAUGACUAAAUUCAAACUCAAAUGCAGUUAUGUGCAUUCAGUAAUAGGCAGAUCUUACUGUAAUAUGCAGGCCCAAGUAAGAUGCUUUUAGUAUUCCAGUAACAGAUGCAGCAGUAACAUUUAUAGCAACACUGAUGAUCUAAGUCAAUCAAUGGAAGCUAGAGGUUAUGACUGUGAUAGUCAUGUGAAUCGUGUAAAACUAGUUGCUUAACACCUCAGGCCUAACAUAUGAAAUCAACAUGUUCUGCUGAAAUUCUUAAACCGAGAUUAGAGUGAGAGGACAAAAAGAGAGGACGACUACUGUACAAAAAAAAAGCCAUUUUAUUGAAAUUUUUUUUUCCACUUUGAAACAUGAACCAACAUUCCUAACCUGACAGAUUAAGGUCCUACAGAGAAGGAACAAAGAAAUGUAACUAAAAGGCACACUAUAGUACAACAAUGAUAUUUUCUUUGUUUGUGUGUUUGUUUUAAUAGCUAAAUCCGGGGGGGUGGGUGGGGGGGAAGAACUAUGAAAAACAAAAUGGUAUACAAAUGAAUUGGUUUGGACACAUUAGUAUCGUCACUAUGCAGAGCAGACUGAAAAUACACAGGAACUUGUAGCUUUGGUCUUAGAAAAGGUGGAUUUUGUACAUUGUAUGCAUGUGUCCAGAGAAAUGACAAACUAAAAUCAACAAACCCAUGUACUAACAAGCCUAUAGUAACACUUCCAACAUUCCCUGAGAGGGACCUAAUGAAAUCAACAAAAGCAUGAUCAACAAAAUCUUGAUAUUCGAAGCUGGUAAAUGUCACAAAAAAUAGUGUCCCUUUAUAAUACAAUGUUCCAAGUGCAAUAGUGUGACUUAUUAGCUCGGCUGAUUAAGAAAAUACGCCAGGAUACUUUUCACCCCUAAUUUCGGCAACAACUGAUCCACGAGAGUACAAUUACAGAACUAAUUGAGCAUUUACAUUCAAUGGUUAAUAAACU